AUGAUUCUUCUAAACGCUCAGAUUAUUGUUUAUUUUUUUCUUAUCUUUCAAUUUUUAAUCUUAUCCGCUAUAAAUUCAACAACAAUUCAUGAAUUAAAUGAAGCUAUCUUUCUCGAUCCACGUACACAUUCAGCAUUAAUACGAUGUCCAUUAGAUUUUACGCAUAGUUCAGAUAUACAAUGGUAUGAUGUAGCCAAUCAUCGUUAUGAAUCCGAUCGUGGACGUUAUUAUCGUAUUAAUGGUACACAACCAUUUGAUCGAGAAUUUAUUUGUUCAACUAUAUCAAAAAUUGGAGUUGGAAGUAAUGAAAAAUAUCGAAUUAAAAUUCGCACAUAUGGUAAGAACUAA